UUUCCCUAGUUUGUCCUGGGGCUCUGCCUAGGGCCGAGAGGGUGAAAUUUGGUUUGGUACCUAAAUUAGGAGAGUGGAAAACAGCGAGAGCCGUUUAAAUCCCUUAGCUAACGGAUCCUUAAGGAUUUGCAUGCUCCAGACCUGCCAAAGCAACCCGGCUAGAAAGACCAAUUCAUCGGGGAGGGAGAUUUUGCCACAGACCCCCGUGCGCGGCACUGCCCGUGUGACCCCGCCGGCACAGCGGGGAAAGGGAAAGGGAGCAGGAGCUGCCCAGGAACAAGGGCGAAGUUUGACCCCGCUCCGGCUCCAAGCCUGGGAGUCACUAGCGCGCCUCUUACUUUUGGAUGAGUUGGGGCAGACGGGGCGGCGGCGGCAUCCCUCUGCUGGAGGCCGGGUGGCCGGGGGCCGCGUUGCGGGCAUCUCGGUCGGGCUGUUGAGAGCCGCUGGGGGCCGGGGCCUGGUUCAUGGUGGCAGCGGGGACCAUUCAGCCAGAGCCUCCCCCAGCCCCCUGGAGCGAUGGGGCACCGCGGAGCGCGCCUCGGAGCCAGCCCGGGGGGGGGGGGUAGAGGGAGGAGCAAAGCCGUGGGGGCUGGACAGCCCGGCCCACGGGAGCCCGGAGCGGGAGCCCACCCCCCGGCGGCUAGGAGGCUGCGGCGGCCCUAUGGGGGGCGGCCGGCGCCUGGGGAGCAGCAUUUAUGACGAUGGCUGGCACAGCGGAGCCAAUGGGAGGAGCAGCCCCCCCCCCCACCACGCGGGAGUCCCCGGCUGCUGGGGGGACGCAGAGAGCCGGGAACCCCCCCCCUUCAGCCCCUCUCUCGGCCCGGGGGGCGCAGUGAGCCGGGACCCCCCCUUCCGUCCCGCUCCUGGCCCGGGAAGCGCAGUGAGCCGGGACCCCCCCCCCCUCCCAUUCCCCUCCCGACCCGGGGGCGCAGUGACCCGGGCCCCCCCCUUCCGUCCCCCUUCCAGCCUGGGGAGUGCUGUGAACCAGGAUCCCCCUUCUAUCCUCCUCCCGGCCUGGGAGGUGCACCGCACCCACUCCUCCCCCCAGGGCUGUUGGAACAAUUGUUAUAGUGGGGGUGCUGGAAGAGGAAGCGAUGCAUUUGGUUGUUAUGACUACCUUCAAGCCAUGGGGUGCUCCCACACCCCUAGUUCUAGCCCCCCCCCCCAACUCUCCAAUCCUUUGGGGGCAGCAAGUCAGAUCCAUCCUCUCUCUAUUCCUCCAGCUGUCCUCUCACUCCCUUCCCCAUCAUCCCCCCAGCUACAGGGGCAGGGGGAGUAAUGCUCCACCCCCCUCCACAGCCCCGAGCUUCUUCCCCAUCUCCUAGAAGAGAUGCUGCCCCGUGCUGCCUCUUCCCUGCCCACCCCAUUAGUGGUCUGCCUCAGCUCCCUGGAGCUCUCCAUCCUCCCUCCCCCAGAGAGCCUGCACUUUCCUCUGCUUUGUUCUCCUUCUUUUUCACAGAUGCAGGAGGAAACCUGCUGGUGGCUUCUGCAGGAGAACUGACUGUUUCUCUGGGCCUCAGUGGUACCUCUGUCUGCCUCUUAUUUGGGGUCCUGAUAUCCUGAUGCAAAUUAUAUAUUUCAUUUUUCAUCAUUAUUACAGUAGCACCCAACUGUUCUGGAAGUUGUACCUAUAUGUCUACACAAAGGGAAUCGCUGCCCCAAAGAAGCAAUUUGACCCAUAUUUCUACAAUUAUACAAAGCAUUCCAAUGCAAUUGUAAGAUUUUGCAUCGCAAAUUAGUUGCUGUCAUCUCUGUCCUUUAUUUCCUAGAAGCACAGGUGGGGACACUAUUGGAGCUCCAAGCAAAGAAUCCAUUUCCUAAUCCUUACUUUGAAGGGUGCUAACUGUGUUCUUGAAGCCUAAUUGACCACAGUGACAAUCUAUCUCCCCCCUCACCUUUAUUACUGGUGCCUUAUUUGUGGCCAUCGGUCAGUAGUUUGGUAUGGAGGGAGGGACAGGUUUCUGCUGCUGGCAUACAGCUGUUCCCAAGAAAAUGUAGUGAGCUUCAUAGUCCUCUCUCCUUUUUAUGAUGGAGCCCAGGAAAGGAAACCCAGCUUAAUAUUUUAUCUAACAUACCAGCACUUCCAUAAUGUAGUUCUAUCAAGGAUCUAAAAGUGCUUUACAAACAUUAAAUUUCACACCUCUGGGAGGGAGGGAAGUGUUAAUAUCAUUUUACCCUUUACCAAUAAUGUACACCUGGAAAUAAUCAUCUGUUGCAUAUGGCCCUUGUCAUGUGUUUAUAAAAUAGGAGAGGAUGAUUAUGCACCAGCCAGCAAUGUCAUCACUCUCCUUUGCUAGUCACGAGUUAUGGAGUCAUCCCUAAAAGAAACUCACAUUAGGGAUCACCCAAAGAGUGUAUUUUUACUGAGUGAUUGUAUAAGUUAUGGCCCGCAACCUUGCAAACACUUAAGCACAUGUGUAAGUGUUUACAGGAUCAGGGCCAAUUUAGCAAUAACUUUACCCACCCCUGCUUUAAUGCAGGAAUAGCUAUUAGAGAAAGAGUUAAAGCAUGCUAGUGUGAUAUGAGAUAUAGGUUUAACUUGCAUACAUUUUGAUGGACACAUUGCUUUCCCACUCAUCAAUAAUGAGUGAAUUAUGCUGCUUAUUCCAAAUGAGUGCUAUUAAAACUUUUAACAUACCCCCAUCUUCAUGCUUUUUGAUAUAUACCACAUAUAUUACAGAGAAACAGAAAAGGGGUACUGGUGAGGGACUCUUUCAAGGGGUUGCUUUCUGAAAAAGUUUGCAUACUACUUCCACUGUGAGUGGAAAAUUCUGAUUUGGUUGCAUUUUGUACUUACUUUGCACAGGUGUAAAUAUCUAAACCAGAUUCAAGGUCAUGGAGAAUUAUACCAGCAGCGUAUAUUUCAAUGUGUACAAUCCCUUUCAUAGCAGCAUAACACUAAAGAGACUUUCUAGAAUGACAAGCAACCUGUGCUUUAUAUAUAUAUUGAAAAAUAAUCAGGGCAUCACAUCCUUUUCCCUGCCAACGAAGAAUCGUUCCGUGCACUGCAUUCUCCAGUGCUUUGUUCAGUUUAUUAAAAGCCUCAAGCUUCCACCCCUUUCUGAUUUGGAAAAAGUGGCUCUGCAUGGAAUUCUUCCAUGUUAUUAGAGUGAGGAAAGCUUCUGUGAUUGUCAUUCUUUAUAUAGAGAGACACUCUGAUGCCUAUAGGAUUGAACUCACAACCCUGGGUUUAGCAGGCCAAUGCUCAAACCACUGAGAUGCCUAUAGUUAAUCAGGGAAGUGAAAGAAAUACUAGGUGAUUGAUUGCCUUCUGAAAGGAAUGAAAGAAUAACUGUGAAACAAAUGCCUGCCUGUAGAUUAGUAUAUGGUAUUCAGGUUUGUGCAUAAAAAUAUGAGCAUGUUACAUUUCAUACACACACGAUUCUAUUUACAUCACUUGUGAAAGUGGAUAAGGUAAAGAGCAUGGAUUUUAUUGGUGCAAAUAAAUUGUACUCAGUACAAUACCAUGUUGAUGUUUUUCCCACAAUAUAUAUGCAUGUAUAUUUUCAGACUGGUCUUCUGAUUUUCGAAACCCUCACAACAUCCACAUCCACUCUUUUGCAGCCUUUUCUUCCCCUCUCUUCCUUUCUACACAGUUGCAUUGUUCCUGGGUUCUGUCUGUUGUUCCAGCCAAGUGAUAUUUGGAUGGAGAAGCUAAGGGCUAAAGCAGAAGCAUGUGAUGCAUGGCACAAAGAGAAAAUUUCCUGGAGAAACUGAAAGGAAAAUAGAGGGCAGAACCCUUGCUUGAAAAGGUACUGGUCUACAUAGCUGUAGGUGUUACAGGGAAAUCACAUCACUUUAAAAGUGCAAGAUUAUGCAAUUUAAAGUUGAAAGCAGAACAUUAACUCCAUAUACAGGCAGAGAAUGAAGUUCCCAAAUGACGCUUUGAGAAAGAGGACAUUUUUCCAAAUUAACAGAAGGAGAGAGAGAAAACUCAGAGCUGGACUGAACCCCAAAUGUGGUGGUCAAGUUUCAUCAAGAUUCUAGCUGCGCAGAUCAAGAAUUACCAGGAUGUAAAAAGUUGUGUGGAGUCAAAGCUAUCAAGCACUCAACCACAGAUUCCUCAUCUGUCCAGGUUACCAGCAGUAUGUGAUAGUUGAAACUUUCCAAUACACUGGAGUCAGCUGAUGAAAGGCAAAUAUUGUAAAGAUCUUGUCCCAUUGUAGAACAGUGUUCACUAACUUUGUUUUUCUGCAUUUCUUGUGAAAUAAUAUUAUCCUACCUCCACCCCACACCAGAGGCAGCAUAAUCCUCUGUCCACAUACUGUACUGUAAAUUUCAAAAAGAUUGGAGUGUGCCACUGAUCAUACCUCAAAUGUUUAUGCAUGCUGUUUGAUCCCAGAAUACUGACUUAUGUCAUUAAUGGCUUGUGUCAUCCUCCUUUCCAGUUUCAGAAAUGGCAAGUGUUCAUCAUCUUAGCUACACUAAUCUAAUGCUUAAAGAAAAAAUAGAAAAGAACAAGGUAAAGCAGAACAGGACAUUGUAAAACCAGAUUCAGGAUGACUAUAAAAGGGACAAAAUAAAAUCAGUUAAAAAUUUUUUCCUUUUGUGUAUUACUAAUAACAAUAUAAACAAAACUGAUUUAGUCUCAUUGUUCAGUUUACAUUUCACUCAAUUUAGACAGUAGCUUAUGUAAGAUAGUCAGUUUCUAAUAAUUUCCCCUUCUGGUUCUCAUCAUACACUACUACAGAACUUGAGAAUCUUUAAAAUCUUAUUUUUACAUUCAUGUAAUAAGCAUUUCUAUUUAUAGUCCGAUUCAGGUUUUUGGUACUGUUGCUUUGUAUGCAACCUAAAUUUGGGGUCUGACUGUGUCCCUUUAAUUUUUAUGUGAAUUUAACUAGAAUUAAAUUUUAUAUUAUGAUUUUCGUUGUACUAGUAAGUUUGUAAAUUUUUACAUUUUACAUAAUAGAUGGCAAUAUUGUUCAUUUAGGGCCAAAUUCUGCCUUCAAGUUGAUUUCCACAACUGUUAUUAAUGCAUGCAUAACUGAGGGCACUGUUCAGUCUUAAUUGAUUUAUUUCCACAUGGGAAAAUGCUGCUUUUUGUGAAACAGCCAAGAGCUGUUGAAGCUAAUGUUAUUGACACUCUUGCACAGGUUGAGCAGAACACAGCAGGUAAAGCAGGACCUCAUAGAUCUUUAUACAAGGGGACCAGUUUUUUAUAAGUAACCAGUUUAAGUGACCACAUUUGACAACUGGGCACAGAGAUUUCAUGGGCUUCUACAGCCACAUUCUUAUUUAGAUGACAAAACAUUCACUUUAUCAAAGAGGUCCUGGCCAAAUUUCAGCUCAGGUAAUUCCAUUCUCCAAGCCCAAAUUCCCCCUUCCCUUUGAGGAGAGUGCAUUUUAUUUACAAGAGACUUUAGGAAAGGUUUAGUGCUGCUGCACAGAACCCAAGAAGUGGCUACGUUGAUAAAGAGUCUGUAAAAAGUUUUAUUUUCAAUUCAGGAAAGAAGGGUUACUUACCAUACAGUAACUGUGGUUCUUCAAAAUGUGUUGUCUACAUGGAUCCCAUCCAUGGUGUGCAUGUGCCCCAUUCAUGCGAGAUCAGAUUCUUUUGGAUAGUGGUCUAGAUAUCU